GAUGUCUGUCGGGUGUGGAGGGAGGUUCUAGGACCAGGAGGAAGUAGCUAGAAGGGGAAGCGGCUGCAGAGAGAAGGCAGGUGCACAGCCCAGAGGCAGCCUCUGAGCCUGCCGGCAAAGCCAAGAUGAAUGCCAAGGCAGGACCCCCAGAGGUGCUGAGGCCUCUGCAGAGAACAUCGGCAGCCCCUGCGUGGCCCUGUUCCGUGCGGCUCCGAAGCGCAGGGGACCAGGGGGCCGGCACGUUGCAGGUGCUGGGGUGGCUGGCCGGGCUGUGGCUGGGCGCCGUGACUCUCGCCUGCCUCCUGUGGCUGGUGCUCUCUCCUCCCACCCAGGGCCAAGUGCACCCUGACGAAGGGCCCCCCGAGACUUGGGGCCUUGGCUCCAGCCUGGCCUGGGAGGCCCUGGGAGGGGAGGCCCGGCAGCUGCAGAAUGACUCCUGCCGGCUUGUCCUCGUGGAGAGCAUCCCUCAGGACCUGCCGUCUGUGGUGGGCAGUCCGUCCGCCCAGCCCCUGGCCCAGGCCUGGCUGCAGCUGCUGGACGCCGCCCAGGAGAGCAUCCACGUGGCCUCCUUCUACUGGUCUCUCACGGGGCCUGACAUUGGGGUCAACGACUCGUCCUCACGGCUGGGAGAGGCCCUUCUGCAGAAGCUGCAGGAGCUGCUGGAUAGGAACGUCUCCCUGGUGGUGGCCACCAGCGCCCCGACACUGGCCAGGAAGUCCACCGACCUGCAGGUCCUGGCGGCCCGAGGAGCCCAGGUGCGACAGGUGCCCAUGGGGAAGUUCACCGGCGGCGUCUUGCACUCCAAAUUCUGGGUCGUGGAUGGGCGGCACGUCUACGUGGGCAGCGCCAACAUGGACUGGCGGUCCCUGACACAGGUGAAGGAGCUCGGCGCCAUCAUCUACAACUGCAGCCGCCUGGCCCGGGACCUGGAGAAGACCUUCCAGACCUACUGGGUGUUGGGGGCGCCGAAGGCUGUCCUCCCCAAACCCUGGCCCCGGAACGUCUCCACCCACUUCAACCGCUUCCACCCCUUCCAGGACCACUUUGACGGGGUGCCCACCGCUGCCUACUUCUCGGCCUCGCCGCCCGCACUCUGCCCGGCUGGCCGCACCCGGGACCUGGAUGCGCUGCUGGCGGUGAUGGGGGGCGCCCGGGAGUUCAUCUACGCCUCGGUGAUGGAGUAUUUCCCCACCUCCCGCUUCCGCCACCCCCCCAGGUGGGUCGGGCGGGAGCCGGACGGGCCUGGAGGGUGGAGGCCCCUCCUGCUGCGGGCAGCGCCUGGCCCGUCUCCUCUCCCGCCAGGACCCCUGAGCACCCCCUCCCCACCCCUCCCCAGAUACUGGCCGGCGCUGGACACGGCGCUGCGGGUGGCGGCCGUCGGCAGGGGCGUGCGGGUGCGCCUGCUGGUCAGCUGCUGGCUCAACACGGACCCCAGCAUGUUCCCCUACCUGCGCUCCCUGCAGGCCCUCAGCAACCCCGCCGCCAACGUCUCCGUGGACGUGGUGAGGCCCCGCUCCCUGCUGGGUGGGGAAGCAGCCUCGCCCGCCCCGACUCACCCUCUCUGUCCCCAGAAAGUCUUCAUCGUGCCAGUGGGGAACCACUCCAACAUCCCAUUCAGCAGAGUGAACCACAGCAAGUUCAUGGUCACGGAGAAGGCGGCCUACAUAGGCACGUCCAACUGGUCGGAAGACUACUUCACCAGCACCUCGGGGGUGGGCCUGGUGGUCAGCCAGCGGGCCCCCCACACCCAGCCGGGGGUGGCCACCAUGCAGGAGCAGCUGCGGCAACUGUUUGAGCGAGACUGGAGCUCCCGCUAUGCUGUAGGCCUAGACGGGCAGGCCCAGGGCCAGGACUGUGUUUGGCAGGGCUGAGGUCCAGCCCUUCUCGGCUGUGGGGCCCCACUGCUCCCGUCAGGCCUCGCUGCCGGGUCCCCAGUCUGCACGCCAAGCAGCUCCAUCUGCCAAGCGCUGGUCAGGGGCAGCACUGCCCUGAGCAGGGCAGGUGCAAACUUUUUGCUCUCCAAAUCUAGCCCCUUAAACCCCACCUCCUCCAGGGAGCCCUCCAGGAUGCCCCUCCCCGACUCCCAGAGAACCACAACUCCUGCCUUUAGAAUACGUGUGUGCCUCCCCA